AUGCCGUCAGUCAAGAACCCCAACACCGUGUCGCGAAACCGGCAAGUCGCCCGCGCCGCCAAAGCGAAGAAGGCCGCGCAGAAGAAAUCGUCGGCUGGCAAGAAGUCACGAAUCGAAAAGUCCGAUGUACGACGCGGUGCGCGAGAAGGCAUCCUGCCCACAAGUGGCCCUAGGGCAGCCCUGAGCUCCAAGAAGCAGAAGAAGCUCGAGAGGCAGCUCAAGUACGCUCUCAAGCGCAAGGAAGAGGCAGCGGCUGAGACGGAGAUGCAGGGUGCUGAUACUGGCCGAGAGUCCAAGAAGGAGCUGAAGAAGCAGCGAGACGAGGCUAUGGAGAGUCUGAUGCAACUCGAUCUAUCCUGA